AUGGAGCGGUUGGUGGACCAUUACAAAGGGGCGUUGAUGGAGAAUUCGCGGUUGAACCAUGCCGCGCGGUUGGCGGCCAAACAACACGUCUUGCUGGCCUCCCCCAACAUCCCGCCGGCCACCAAAAAGAUCCGCGUCAAAGCCCUGGGACCCGCGGUGCGUCGAGCCACCAGACGCGUGCGGACCAUGGCGUUGCCAGGAGCCGGAGGGGCCGCGGCGGGGGCCGACGACGACGGCGACGAGUUUGCCCAAGGACCCAUGGAGACCUUCUUGAAAACACUUAUAAAAAAGCAGCACGCCCCACCCAAGGCCACACCCAAAGGGAAACCGAAGGUCCCACCAAGCCGAAGUUCAAGACGCCCACCUUGGUCCCGUUACCGGAGGACGAUUGGGAAGAGGAAUUGGCGGAGCCCAUUCCGAGUACGUCCAAGAGCAAAGGCACGUCGACCUUGAGCAAAGGCAAGUCCCCGGCGACCAUCCCGAAGAAAAAACCCCCCUUCAGUUAUCAUCUCCCCAAGGGGCCCAAAGAAGCGCAAGUUGAGACCUCAACCUGGUUGGAGCGUGUGGGGAGAAAAGGUAAAGCGGAAACUCGAUGGCAAGGACUACUAGACGCCACCGACGCCGCACGUCGCGCCGUGGCCGCCGCCGCCGCCGCAUGGUCGGUCGGGGGUUGGACGUGCAAAAAUGGUUGGGCAAGACCGGCAUCGAAUUUCAUUGGCCCGGGUACCAAUACAUGGGGCCAGGUACCCAUUUGGAGACACGCCUGAAGCGCGGGGAUCCCGGCAUCAACCGAUUGGACCGCAUUUCCAAACAACACGACAUUGA